AUGAGUCCCAUCAACAGUCUCUGGUUCAAGUGGAAGAGCCUGAAAUUGCCGUGGCGCACUUCCUUUCUCGUGGGCCAUGAUUUGAAGGGAAACACUUAUUGGGAAUUUAAAGAUGCCCUGAAUGCGAAUCGGUAUCGUCGCAUCGUCAAAUGUGACCCUAAAACCCACCUCUCCGAUGUCCAAGUCAGCCCACAAUGGCACCAAUGGCUUCGAUACGUACGAGCGGACCCUCCGUCGAUUGCAGAACAGCAACAGGAUAUCAUCCGACAGAUCCAACUCAAGGAGUUGGCUCGUCUCGCUGACGAACGGUGGGCGAGCAAGGCAUCUUAUCUCGAUAAGCCGAAGACUCAGCAACCUGUCCCUGCUACUCAGACCAGCGACGCUACAUUGAACCCUCCGAGGGAGGAGGCGCAGGCAACGGAGGCUACCCCUGCUGGUCCUCGGAACGAGAAGAAGGAGAAACCAGCUGCAAAACAGGACCCUUGGGCAAAGGCCGCCAGUGGACCUGGUGAGAAGUGGCAGCCGGAUUCCUGGAAUCCGACCUCUUCCCAGAGAUGA